UCUUCACACUCCCAGACCUCCAACCUAAACCAAUUAUCCAUCUCUCUCUGUUCCCCCUCGCUUAAUUCUCUCUGUCUCUCUUCAGUUUCCUCUCCCGCAAGGCCGCAACUGCCAACUCACUCCGUCGCUCUUUCUCUUCAGAAAUGUCUACUGAUUCUUCAAUUUCGUAUCAUCACGACUCUGCUAUUGAUGAGAAACACGCAAAAGCGCUUCAGUUCAUCUUAGACAUGACUAAAAAUGCAGACUCGGUUCAACAGAAAGUGUUGGCCGAGAUUCUCGCUCAAAAUGCGGAAACCGAGUAUCUUAGGCGAUACCAGCUGGGUGGGUCGACCGAUCGUGACACCUUCAAGUCGAAGGUCCCCGUGGUCACUUAUGAGGAUCUUCAACCUGAAAUCCAACGCAUCGCUAAUGGCGAUCGUUCCGCCAUAUUAUCGGCACACCCUAUCUCUGAGUUCCUCACGAGUUCUGGAACUUCGGCUGGCGAAAGAAAACUCAUGCCCACCAUUCAGGAAGAGUUGGACCGUCGCCAGGUCCUCUACAGUCUUCUCACGCCUGUGAUGAACCUUUACGUACCGGGACUGGACAAGGGGAAGGCACUCUACUUUUAUUUCGUGAAAUCCGAGACAAAGACGCCAGGUGGUCUGUUGGCCCGCCCGGUUCUCACCAGCUACUACAAGAGCGACCACUUCAAGACCAGGCCCUACGACCCUUACAAUGUCUACACCAGCCCCAACGAGGCAAUCCUCUGUCCUGAUUCCUUCCAAAGCAUGUACACCCAGAUGCUUUGUGGCCUCUACCAGCGAGAGGAAGUCCUCCGAGUCGGUGCCGUCUUCGCAUCCGGCCUACUCAGAGCCAUCCGCUUCCUUCAACUCAAUUGGAGAGAACUGGUGAACGAUAUCGCUACCGGGACCCUGAGUCCCAAGAUUACCGACCCUUCAAUCCAAAAAUGCAUGGUGCCUCUCCUUAAGCCCAACCCAGAACUCGCUGAAUUCAUUACCAGAGAGUGCUCGCAAGAGAAGUGGGAAGGAAUCAUCAGCAGAAUUUGGCCGAACACCAAGUACCUAGACGUGAUCGUCACGGGUGCCAUGGCCCAAUACAUUCCCACCCUUGAAUACUACAGUGGUGGCCUGCCCAUGGUAUGCACUAUGUACGCCUCCUCCGAGUGCUACUUCGGCCUUAACCUCAAACCAAUGUGCAAGCCCUCGGAGGUGUCCUAUACCAUCAUGCCAAGUAUGGCCUACUUUGAGUUCAUCCCCCACGAACCAUCCUCGGCUUCCCUGACUCGUGACUCCCCUCCUCCCCGUCUUGUGGACCUUGUGGAUGUAGAGUUGGGGAAAGAGUACGAACUGGUGGUCACUACCUACGCGGGGCUGUACCGAUACCGAGUCGGAGACAUACUCCGGGUCUCUGGGUUCCACAACUCGGCGCCACAGUUCCACUUCGUGAGGAGAAAGAACGUGCUGCUGAGUAUCGAUUCCGACAAGACAGACGAAGCCGAGUUGCAGAACGCGGUGGAGAACGCGUCGAUGCUCUUACGCGAGUUCAACACUAGCGUGGUUGAGUACACAAGCUUCGCCGACAGCAAGAGUAUCCCGGGGCAUUACGUGAUCUAUUGGGAGUUACUGGUGAAGGACCCGAGCAAUUGGCCUACCGAACAAGUGCUGAACAAUUGUUGUCUAGCCAUGGAAGAAUCACUGAACUCGGUCUACAGACAAGGUAGGGUGGCGGACAACUCGAUUGGUCCCUUGGAGAUAAGGGUGGUGAAAAGCGGUACGUUCGAAGCACUAAUGGAUUACGCAAUCUCGAGGGGUGCUUCCAUCAACCAAUACAAGGUGCCAAGGUGUGUGAACUUCACACCCAUCAUGGAGCUCCUUGACUCCAGAGUGGUGUCUGUGCAUUUUAGCCCAGCCCGCCCACAUUGGACCCCAGAACGACGACGGUGAUGGGACUUGAGGCGAUGUAGCGAACCGAAUAAAUUAAAAUUCUGAAUGUCUCGACCACCAACUGAAACAGCUUUUGGAAAAAUUGACUAGUUUAAUUUCCUUUUUUUUCCUCUUAUUUGUAUUGUUAUGCUUUACUUUGGCUACUCUGUUUAGGUUUUUUGAGAAAGCGCCCUUCGACCUUUCAUUUUCAUGGCAGGAUUUGUAAUAUCAAAUAACCUGGCUGUAAGCAUAAUGGACUGUCGUCUUGGAUGCAAUGCAUGUUUAUGAAUAUUUUCUUCUUAAUUUCUUUUC